AUGGCGAGUACGGAAGCAGAGGGGCCGGCUCCCCCUCAAGAAGUCCCUGAGUACGAGACAGAGGGCGAGGACUGGGAAGGCGACGACGAUGAGGAGGACGAGGAUGAUGGCGACAUCGACGCCGAGGCGCAGGAGAUCACCCGGAGGCUGGAGGCAGAGCUGGCGGCGAUGGGUGCGCUGACGGAAGCCCCAGAGCCAGAACACGAACAUAUACCAGAACAACAAUACCCGGAUCCCCCAUCACCGAGUGCUUCACCUCGAGCGCAACCCACCGCGAUCGACCUCUCGCGAAGUCAUGAGCUGGUCAGUACGCUCAGCACCAUCGUCUCCCUCGUCCAACGAGAUCCCAUCAUCCGCGCCGCGUUCUCCACCACACAUGUACCAUUGGUACCCGGCGGCAGUGUACUCUCCGUCUUCACGGACAUCAUCUCCUCAGGGUCAGUCGGGAAAGGCAUCGCGCUUUCGCUGAGCCAGAUCGUUCUUUCCCUCGCUCAAUCAGAUUCUUUGUUCGGACAUCGCCCUCCCCCUCCUGUGCAGACGCAGAAGCGUAAACGGGACGAGCGCGAGAAUGUUCCACCUCCGAACCCUCGACCACAAAAGCGACAAGUGGUCUCUCAAGGCCACCUUGCGGAGCAGCUCUCCGACGCCAUCGCCUUGGUCGCUAAUGUCAUCAACGCCGAUCCCUCAAAACCUCUUGACCCCGCCUCUGUCGCAUCCAUGUCCUCCCAACUGCACCAGAUCUUCCUCUUCUCCGUUACCUCCCUUGGCUCUGCCGGCUCGAACGCCCCCGCUUUACAAGAAAUUAGCGGUCUCAUCCAGAUAAUCGGCCUACUCAGUGGCAUCCAAAUCGGCCAGAACGUCUCCCAACCACCCUCCCAACCUCAACCCUACGCCACCUCCACCCUCGCCAGCUGGUCGCAGCCCCAGCCCAGCACCCCCUACAUCGGCACCGCCGUCUACCCCUGCAACAUCAACGGCUGCUCGAAAAUAUUCUCCCGCCUCUUCAGCCUUCGCACCCAUCAGCGUGCCCACUUUGCCGAGCGCCCCUUCCGGUGCGCGCGGUGUCCGGCAAGCUUCGCGCGCAACCACGACCUGAAAAGGCAUGCGAAGCUGCACGACAGGACGGCGUGGAAGUGCGCUUGCUGCGAGAAGAUAUUCUCGCGGCGAGACGCGUUGAAGCGACAUCGAGAUGUGGCGCGUGGUCGGGGUACGGGCUGCGGGGCUGCGCCUGUGACUGAGGUUGCUCUCGACGCGGACCAUGAGCGGGGUACGCGCGAGGAGCGUCGAGCCAAGCUGUGGCAUAACGUUGGUACCGGGGAGCCGCCACCCGUCGACGAUCAUGGGCUCGAGGAAGGAGAGGUACUUCCCGAGGUGGUGAUGAUGAUCCAGGCUGCAGUGCUCGGUUUGCACGCUCCGCUCCUUGCCCGUGCACGCAGUGCCCUCGGUACCGCCGCGGUCUCCGCCGUGGCCCCGGGCGAGGAGCCGCAGCAAACACCGGCUACGUGGGCUACCGUAUUCGCCCGCGCCUUCGCACCACGGCCUGUCGAAGCCCCUGCGAUGAUUACACAGCCUGCGCAAGCUGACGCGCCUGCUGCUCCUCAGACGGAGCCUGCGGCACCGCCAGCAGACCAGGCGGCUGCAAGCGCCAUCAUUGGCGACGAAGUGCUCGCUUCGCUGCCGAUGAUCGGGCUUACCGACGAGCAGACGCGCUUGCUGGAGGAAGCGAUCGCUCACGCCGCGUCUGCCGCUCAGGCCCAAGCCGAAGCAGAGGCCGACAUGGAGGAAAACGCCGAGGACUCAGAGUCGGACGACCCUGAAGACGAGGAUGCGCCGCGUGAGUCGGAGACUCAGCCCCAGGGGCCUGACGCGCCUCCUACUUCUCCCAACGUCGUGGUGGUGGCCAACAAUACAAUAUCGUGAUGGUCGUUAUAAUGUACAACAUGAUUAGAUGCCUCCGCCCGCCCCUGGGUAUGCGUUCCCUCCAAUUCUAUCAUCCGCCUCGAGGAAAAGCCGCGCCGCGUCCCGUCAACGAACACGCUGGGUACACGAGAUUAGGUUCGUGUGAAGGACAACAUACGACUGAACGCAAAGACGUACUGCGGCUGCCCGCGCGCGGGCGCCCCUGC